GUACAAUACCUGGAAUAUCAUCAAAACAAUCAAAUCAUCAACGUGUUCCAAUUGUUGUUGACUCUAAAUGUUGUCAACAUUCUAAAGAAUUUGAGUCAACCAUGACUCGACUUCGACUUCCUAUGUUAUAACCGCACUAGCUAAUAGCUUAUAUAUUACUUAUUACUUUACUUUAACGCUCAAUACAUCGUGAUGGUCGGUUUACUUGCCGAAUAGCUGAUAUUCAUGGCUCCAACCUUGGGCGACGACGGCGAGAGCGACUACGGAUCUGACUUUUCGAUAGGAGAGGAAGAUAUUGUAAAUAAGCUAUUAAAGGACUUGGGGGAUAAUACACCAUUGCAAAGCAACACUACAACUACCGCUCCCAAUUCUACACAACUUGUUUCUCUCGUCGUUUCUCCCAUCGCCUCACCCGCUGGCACCACUGUAACGACUGCUAGUAGCUUAGAUAUUCCACCCGUGCUACUUAUUCAAGAUGAUAAGCAUCAUGCGUCGAGUAUAUGUACUCGCCCCAACGGUUCCCUUCCCACUAAGAUCGAAGAGCCCGCCACUGUUCACAAAUCUCUCGACUCGAACCCGUAUGCAACAUCGUCUUUGCCAUUAGGUGGCGUCCAAUACCCGGAUCUAAGUCGUAUCCUAUCCGAUUCUAGAUCUAAUAAAACGUCCAAAUUACAACCCACCGAGCCUCCGAAAGAUGCCCCUUCUCCCCUGCAGCGUUUUCGUUCCUUUCCCAAAAAGCCGCUCACGGUCUCCGACUUGGCUUCUGGUGCUUGGUGCGAGCUACAGUACUGGUACACGCUUACCCUGCUACCCGGAGGGAGGAAGACGAGAACGGCGGCAAUGCGGGGUGGCACUCGUGUCCAUCAAACCUUAGAAGAUCAGGUGCACACCACGGUCCAAGUCAGCAUUACCACCAAAGAAGAGGCGUUUGCACUACGAAUAUGGAACGUCAUCCAGGGCCUACGUACACUCCGGGAUGUUGGCAUGACUAGAGAGCUUGAAGUAUGGGGGAUCAUCGAAGGUCAAGUGGUAAACGGCAUCAUAGACGAAGUGAGCCAUGAUAGUCCGAAUGCUGACUUUGAGCAAGAGCUCAGCCAAUCCGAAUCAUCCAAGGGCUUCACCACAAGCUAUUCGAAACAGCAGACGUCCAUGACAGACUUUUUGGAACCGCCCCGUAAAAAGUUUUACUUGACUGAUGUCAAAACAAGAGGUUCGGAUAGACUGCCUACCGGCGUCGCGCUCAGGCCCGCCAGGGUCCAGCUAUUCUUGUACCAUCGACUUUUGGGCGAAAUGGCCUCCGGCGUGGUAGAUUUUACUGCUAUCUUGGAUCGAUAUGGCCUUAUAGCCGAUGCCUUGUUUUCCGAUGCUUUCAUGGCUCAGGUAGGCGACUUACACGAUGAAAUAUUUUACGACGCGGAUUCGGAUGUUGGUGGCGCUUCGUCGUCUUAUUCUACGCGUAGUGGGGAUGAUACCGAUUGGCCGGAUUCAUCUUCAGAUCAGCUUCCUCAGGAUCUAAUCAGAUAUCGAUCCAUUACACAGAUACUUCCGCUAUUACAGUCGGAACUGCGCGAAACCUUCCCGCAGGGCGCCGCCACUAUCGGCGAACUUCUCGCUGUCCAGUAUCGCCAUAGGGAGGAUAGUCGCAUUCUCGGUAUUAAUUCGUUUCCUAACGAUCCCGAGGCUUUAGAAGGGUACCUCAAACAGAAUCUCAAGUGGUGGCGCGGCGAGAGGGACGCUGAAGGUGUCUCCAUCGAAGAAACUUAUAAGUGUAGGUCAUGUGAGUUUGCGGAAAGUUGUCAAUGGCGAAAGGACAAAGAGACCGAGUUUUUACGGAAGAAAAGGGGCGCCACCACAGGUGUUAGGACCUAACAUUUUGGCCUUUAGCUUGGCCUGACGUUGGUAUUUAAUUUGGUGGGCUGUAUAAUAGCUUAAACUUCAACGUAUAUAUAGCAGCUUCACUAAGUUAAAAGUUCAGACGAACUUUCCAAGACCCUAGGAGCUUGACAGUCUUGAGCUAACUCUAUUAUACGAAGCUUAAAACUUAAAACGAACAUACCGCAAAUAGAUAUUAAGGAAAUGAGUAUUUUGAA